CGCUGCCCACAGUCCCGGCAGAGCGGAGCAUCGUCUGGGCGAACGCCGAGCCGCCUCCGACUUCCAUCGAACAUGGCGAACAAGGGCCCUUCCUUCGGUAUGAGCAGAGAUGUCCAGGCCAAGAUCGAGAAGAAAUACGAUGACGACCUGGAGGAGCGGCUGGUGGAGUGGAUCGUGACCCAGUGUGGGGAAGACGUGGGGCGCCCCGAACGUGGCCGGCUGGGCUUUCAGGUCUGGCUGAAGAAUGGCAUCAUCUUGGGCAAGCUGAUCAACAGCCUUCACCCCGGCGGCUCCAAGCCUGUGAAGAUCCCAGCCCCUCCUCCCACCAUGGUCUUCAAGCAGAUGGAGCAGAUCGCCCAGUUCCUGAAGGCAGCCGAGGACUACGGCGUGGCGAAGACGGACAUCUUCCAGACGGUCGACCUCUUUGAAGCUAAGGACAUGGCCACAGUCCAGAGAAUGCUGAUGGCCCUGGGUAGCCUUGCGGUGACAAAGAAUGACGGCCAGUAUCGUGGAGACCCUUCUUGGUUCAUGAAGAAAGCCCAGGAGAACAAGCGGGACUUCUCUGACAGCCAGCUGAAAGAGGGCAAGAACGUCAUCGGGCUGCAGAUGGGCUCCAACCAGGGCGCCUCCCAGGCGGGCAUGACGGGCUACGGCCGACCCCGGCAGAUCAUUGGCUAAGCAGGGCCGCCCAGCACCAGCACUGCCCACCCCCAGCAGAACUGGCCCUCCAGUGCCUUCGCUCACCGCCCCAACGCCUCCCCACCCCACCCCACCCGCCCCGGAUGAAGCCUGCUGCUGGGCCUGCGAUGGCUGCCGACUGGGUGUUUUAUUGGAGGACUGUUGGAAAUCACCUUGACUCUGCCCCAGAGGUGGCAUCUGGGAGCCAGCAGAAGGGCCCCAGCGAGGCUGCGGCGUAGCGACGGCCUUCCCUGCAGCUUGCUCCGUCUCCGUGCCCCGACGGCGCUUUGCAUGCUCCCCGCUUCACUGGCUCCCCUGGCCCUCGCCCCCGCCCGU